AUGUCACUUUCCCGAUUUUUGUUGGAUGAAAAGUCGUUGAGAAUUGCCUGGGGCUCCUGGUUUGACGCUGUUCUCUCUUGGGAGAAACUAAUGAAUGAGUCUGACCACCCGGUGUUGAUAGUCAGAUACGAGGAGACUAAACAGGAUCCUGUCCGUGUGACCAAAAGCACUUCCGAAUUUCUAAAUAUAGACUGUCCGGAUCAGCUUGUCCGCGACAUAGCUGUACAAUCCGAUUUCACGAACAUGAAGACGGCAAGGGGAGAUAAUGCUAAGAAAAGUGAUGGUGACGCCAUCCACUACAGAAAAGGAAUCACUGGUGACUGGAAGAACUGGUUCACCGGUGCCCAGACGAAAUACUUCAAUGACAUUUACACACAGAAAAAUGAAGUAUUCCAAGUUUUAUGA